CCCAGUGUGCAAGAAUAAUGGUAAAGGUCGUCCAAGGAACAAACUGUUUGUUAAGCUAGGAAAAGGUCGUUAGUCUAAUAAACUACAUCUGUGUUUUGCUAGUUUCGCCCACUUGUUUCCCUACAAGAUGGCUGACAGUACAGUGGCAGAAGACACUCUGAGAACAGGGCAAGGUGGUGAAGAGAUACGGACCAGCUCUCCCAGGCUAUCAAGGAAGGCAAGGGAAGAUGCCGUGGCUGUGAAUGAGCCUAGUGGGGGGGACCCUGAUAAUUAUCUCCUUAACUCACCGUGGACGUUUUGGCAUGACGCUACACGAAGAGGAGCAACUGCCAAAGAUUUCUUUGAGAAUCUAAAACCUUUGUGUAUAGUCAAGACCAUCAAGGCAUUUUGGGGUGUGGUCAACAAUAUUCGUCCCAUAGAGCAGUUGGGCGAGAGAGAGAGCUACCAUCUUAUGAGGAAUGAGAAUAGGAGACCUAUUUGGGAGGACUCUGAUAAUGCUCAUGGUGGAUUGUGGUCAUUCAAAGUCAGAAAGAUGCACACAGGUUUCAUACAGGAUUUUUAGCUGGGAGGGUGAAACGUUUAUUUCAGGGAGGCCGUUCCCUG